CUGGUAGUUGGUCAUGUGACCCAGUUGUCCGCGACCAAACGGAUGUGUUUGCAACAGCUGACUUCUCUCCCAGACUUCUACAGAAAGCCAUUGGAAUGAGGCUGGUCAUUCUGGAGAACUAUGAUCUGGCCAGUGAGUGGGCAGCGAAAUACAUCCGCAAUAGAAUCGUCCAGUUCAAGCCUUCUGCUGACAGAUACUUCACUCUCGGCCUGCCCACAGGGAGUACUCCUUAUGGCUGUUACCAGAAGUUGAUAGAAUACCACAGAAGUGGGGACAUUUCAUUCAAAUAUGUGAAAACCUUCAACAUGGAUGAGUAUGUAGGUCUCCCACGUGCUCAUCCAGAGAGCUACCAUUCCUACAUGUGGAACAACUUCUUUAAGCACAUUGACAUUGACCCAGCCAACGCUCACAUCCUGGAUGGAAAUGCAGAGAACCUAGAGGCUGAAUGUCAGGCCUUUGAGCAGAAGAUCACUGAGGCUGGAGGAAUCCAGUUGUUUGUAGGAGGUAUCGGCCCCGAUGGUCACAUUGCAUUUAAUGAGCCAGGAUCCAGCCUCGUUUCCAGGACCAGAGUGAAAACCCUGGCCAAGGACACCAUUGUGGCCAAUGCUCGUUUCUUUGACAAUGACCUCUCCAGGGUUCCCACCAUGGCUCUCACUGUGGGUGUUGGAACUGUCAUGGAUGCCAAAGAGGUGAUGAUCCUGAUCACAGGAGCUCACAAAGCCUUCGCUCUGUACAAAGCCAUAGAGGAGGGAGUCAACCACAUGUGGACGGUGUCAGCCUUCCAACAGCACCCACACACCAUCUUUGUCUGUGACGAGGACGCAACACUGGAGCUGCGAGUCAAAACUGUCAAGUACUUUAAAGGUUUGAUGCAUGUUCAUAACCAGCUGGUGGACCCAGUUAUGAGUAUGAAGGACCAAUGAAAGAGCGAUGGCCAAGGAGGAGAACUGAAGAGGGACAGCCUUUUAACUCUGGUACUCCUGAGAAACUCAGAUCCUCAGAUUCCUGAUUUAGUUUAUUCUUUAUGAUGAUUGUUGCAGUCACUUACACAUUGGGAAAUGUUCUUUGUGUCGUUGUUUUCUUUCUAUUAAGAGAAGUUGUUAAAAGUGUGCCUUCUUCAUUGUUUGGUGUUAGAACUCUGACUUUGACACAAAAAUCAGGAAACAUGAAACCUUAGUAUAAAAUAAACUCUAAAUGUGUAUACUUUGAAAUUGAUUAAAUAUGUCUCCAGUUAACAUCCACACCGCAACAUCUUUGUUUUAAAAAGAAAAAGAUCUGCAUUUCAGCUCUGUAUCAGAAGUGAAUCUGCAUCCAUAAUACCAGUUUUGCGGUUGCCUCUCUGUUGUUACCUUCCCCACAUUACAUUACAUGUCAUUUAGCAGAUGCUUUUAUCCAAAGCAACUUACAAUAAGUGCACAUAUAUGGACAUAAACAUCUUUCUGAAGGAGAAUCAUCAAAUAACAAAGAUAGACGGGAAGGUCUGUCACUUCUCAGGCCAGCCGUCAGUCAUCACAGGCAUAAAAUCAUCAGACUUUAAGCCUUCAUCACUCCAGGAUGACAGCCAUAACUGUAACAAUCUUAAAAUGAAAAUGCCGUAGUGUGGAUCUAUUUAAAUGAAUUCAUGUUUGGUAUAAUCUCCCCUGUGGUCUACAUACUUUUUCCUUUGGUGUUGCAGCUGUUGGAUGCACUUGGUAUAGACUCAUUUAUCAAUAAAGUCAAUAAAGUUCUCAGCAGCAGGUA